AUGGUAGCGGUUCAUGGCGGGCAGGACGAUUCCCCUGCCUCUACUGGCGUCACAAGACCACUCGUUACCCAGACGGCAGGUGGAGAUAUCGUAGUUGACACCAUCAUGGCAGACGACCAGCAGGCGGUUUUCGUAUCGAGCCACGGGCCAGACACGGUCGGAGCCUCGGUCGAUCACGGUUUACACUCGUCAACGCCUGGCGGCGGCGACAGAGCGUCGACGCGUCAGACAGCGGUAUCACAACCCCGAUUACCUGAGGGGGUAAAGACGACUUCAUCCACGCCGGCCGUGGAGCACGUACCUCCUAAGGAGCUUUUUGAGGCUCUAAUUGAGUCGAUGAAAGCCUCACCAGGCCCAACCAACGUUGAUGUCUGGCGUCUGUCCAUCCAGGACCUAUUUACAGCGGAAUAUGCUCGGAUACCGGUAAGCGUCGACGCGUUACCGGCCGGACGCACAAGGUUUCCCAAGCUUAAGGGACCUGAGGCGGAUAGCUUGCUAGAUCUUUUUCGACGCUGUUAUGUGUCAGCUUCUGGAAGUUUCGCCGACUGGAAACGACUGGCUCAACAGAUCAGCAACGAACUCCUCCUGACGAAGUGGGCAUUCAAGGAGAUCAUAAGAAAAUUGGUCAGUCAGCAAAAGUGGGCCACUGCUCCUGUCCCCAAUCAAUGGGCAGAAGUCGUGCGGGCGGGUAAUACGGCUCGCCAAAUGGACAGGGAGAACAAAGGGAGCAUAACCUAUGAAGAUUUUAUGUUUGACCCGGCCACAUUCUCGUUGGAAGACUCGAUUACACUAAAGGCCAUAUGUGUGGCCCGGCUAGGUAACACGGGCUUCCAACGGCUACGUGAGGGGUCUGAUGACGAAUGGCGCAUUAUUGUGGGUAUUGCCGAAGGGCAUAUAGUCUGUCGCCGGAUGCCAGACUUUCUACGAUCGGUUCUGGACAGCAAGGAACGUCUCCGGCUGUACAGUACCUUUCAGGCGCAGGUGGAGGGUCAGUUAGUUCUCCAUAUCAGCGGUGGGCGUGACAUUCCUCUAAGUCGUCAGACAACGAAGGCCAUCACGGAGAAGAUUCUGGAAUCAGCCGAGCUGUUGAGGGUCAGUUUGCCCGAUCUCCAUCGCCUGCUGGGAUCAACGAAAACGAUCAGUUACAAUCGAUCAACCCGGUCGGUUCACUUUUUCUUUUUUUCGCGGGACAAGGCAAAGAAGCUCCAGGACGUUCAAGUGCCUUUUCAAGGUCGAGUUUAUACGCUGGAGAACGCCCAUCAGCCGGUAAGGGGAUCGGUAUGGCAGAACCAGCGGGGUCCAGAUGGUCGGUCGGGGUACCCAAGAUCGGCUUAUACGAUUAUCCUCUAUAAUCUUACCAGAUUCGACGACAUUGGACGCAUAGCAGCUUACUCGCACUCGAAGAUUCAAACAGAAUUUGAGCUGGAGGACAUGGACACAUGCACACCAAAUUCAAGAACAUCAACAGCGUGGAAGGUAACCUUUUAUCUAGCGGGCUGCCCGAAAUUCCUACAGGGUAUAGUACGAUUACUUUGGUUUGGAACACUAAUUAUCAUCAGGCAUCCAGAUGUGGGCCGUCGCCUCCAAUGUCUGCAGUGUGGAACUUUGGGACACCCGGCGGGCAGAUGUCAAUUCACAGAUGCGCAAUUACGCGGGCCGGGUGGCGUAGAAGUUAUCGAAGCAGAUCUUCAAGCUGUUGAAGACCUCGCCAAGCCUUUUAGCAGUCCAGACGAAAUGAGGCAGAUGGCAAUGAGACGUCUUCAAGUCCAACAAUCGGAGGAUGCGGCAGCGCAGGCUGCAGUGACGCCGGUGGCAUUGACAGUUGUCCCCAGUCCGUCGCCAGUGGCAGAACCCCCUAGAACUGGCAUACCUCUCCAACCGGUAUAUACUCCACCAGGCACGCACGAGGGGCCACCACCACCGGCCCCAAAAUGCCGACCAGCGCAACCACGGCUGACCCGGCCUGUACGGAGAGGGAGGAGGAUAUGGUCACCCCUGCAGGCCUCGAAAGGCGAUCUCAAGGUUAGCAGCGGUAGUUAUCACGUGCUCCAAGAGGACGAGCUGGAUGAGACCGAAACGUCCUCGAAUUCUGUUAAUAGAGAUACCCAUGAUCUGCCAAGGCAAGCAUCAAGUAAGAUGACGGAUCGGGAUGCGUCUUCCAAGAAGGGACCACCCACGUUGACACCUGAGGAUCUAGCACGACAAACAGCAGCCGCCAGGAGAGGACAUGUGUCUGUUGUUGCGGGCCCAACGCUUUUGGCCAAUAAACGCCGGGAGCGUUCAACAUGUGAGCGGCUAACUAAACAGUUGUCACCAGGGACAAGUCACGCGAUCCCCAUGGAACCAAUGCCUCAUGCUGAACCCAUGCAUGUGACAGAAUUGGUACAGAUUUUGGGGCUCCGUGAAGUCGCCACACCGGCCACGGGCAAUUGUUUGGCGAUAGCCAUAGCUCAAGCUCUCGCAGAAUCUGCUUUGGACAACCCUACCAAGGACCUUGAGAUUUUAACGGCUAGUAUUAAACGGGGAAUCUCCAACGCCGGACUACUAAAUUUGGAGGAUCAAAUGGCUCAUGACGUACGGGUUCAUGCUUUAAAGAACGUUGGCAGAGCCUCCCCUUCCAACAGAGAAGCCCUGGUUGAGGAGCAUAGCUGGGGUGGAAGUGACACUCUUGGAAUGGCAGCCAAUUUUUUGCAUCGCACUAUCUAUGUGUUGAACUGUGGCCGCGGAACGGGUAACUGGAGUGGUCGCAAGUAUUGUCCUGCUACGAUCAACAGACACGGUCGAGUAGUGGAAACUGCCAAAGAAUUUCCACUCACUCUCUUGGCGUGUAUAGACGAGCUGCAAGCGGCAAAAAUAGAGGCGCCUCGCGCUCCACCACUGGUGCUUAGAUUCUGGGGCCGCCAUUAUUCGGCUUUUCUGCACACUGCCAGGGCGGCAGAUCGGCUCAGCCUAACUGACUCCUCGGACGGAACAGGCUCAGCGCUGCAGCAAGGUCAGGACUCGCAAAUUGUGGAUACUUUAGCUGUGCAGCUAGAAGAGAAGCGCUCCCGUAUUUUAUCCCCUAUCAGGGAUCAUAUGUCGGUUGUGGAUGACAACACUUCGAUAAUCAUCCACUCUUCAAGGAACUGCGGUCUUGCCAAAGCGUCAUCGCAGCAAUUAGCUAUUGUUCCAUCGCAGAUCAGGGGGGCCAAUCAGGGCAGUUCGCUAUCGGCUCGAAAACGUGGGCACGUCAGCACGUCGGAGUCCAUCGAGGUCAGCGAAGGGGAGAACUGGAGUGGACUUGAGAGUUCCAAACAGAAAAAGGCAGGAUCAGCGUUGCUUCUCCUCAACCCUAUAUCACCCGGAUGGAGGAACGAAUGGAUACCGACGACUGGCCGGAUCUCUGGCAUGCUCUGGGCGUUGAAUGGCCAGUAA